AUGAAGUACGUCGCCGCCUACCUUCUGGCGCAACUCGGCGGUAAGGAAUCCCCUUCCGAGGCCGAUGUCAAGUCCGUCCUCUCCUCUGUCUCCGCGGAGGUUGACGAUGAAAAGCUCAAGGCUUUCUUCGCCGCCAUCGACGGCAAGGACGUCGCUGAGCUCAUCAAGGAGGGCACCGAGAAGCUCGCCUCCGUCCCCUCCGGUGGCGGCGGCGGCGGCGGCGGCGGCGGCGGCGGCGGUGGCGGCGGCGGCGGUGGCGCGGCCGCGGCGCCGGAGCCCGAGCCCGAGGAGGAGGAGGAGGAGGCCAUGGACUUCGACCUCUUCGAUUAAGCGUCG